GAGAUCAUUAAUAAUAAAUGUACGCACGGCCUACACGUGGAGCAUCAAUGAAUUUCUUUUAUGAUUCACUUAUUAUCACGUGACUUUUUACCUGUCAACUCAGAUAUUUCUGACUGGCAAUAGAAGGGAGGGUCAUUCCAUCACUUGUUAAAACCGGCAAAGGAAUCCAACAAGGAAAGGCAGCGGAAAUAUAUAUAUCAUGACGGGAACAAUUUAUCCAGCAGAGGAGUUUGAUGCCGAGGCAGCGGCCGCGGGGAUGCGAGAGGCCAUGACAGGUUUCGGUACGAGUGAAGAGGCUAUUAUUUCAAUACUAGUGAAUCAUUCAUGCGAACAGAGGAAAGAAAUCGCCACGGCAUUCAAAACUGCAUAUGGAAAGGACUUGAUUGAAGACCUUAAGGAUGAACUGGGUGGUAACUUUGAGGACGUCUGUGUCAUGAUGCUCGCCUCACCCAGGGAGACUGACGCUCGUGAACUGAACAAAGCAAUUACGGGAGCCGGUACAGAUGAAACCGUCCUAGUAGAAAUCAUGACGUCCAGAACAAACGAAGAGUUGGCAGAAAUCAAAGAAAUAUACGAAAAGGAGUUUGAGACCACGUUAGAAGAGGACCUCCAAAGCGACACCAGUGGUUACUUUGGCCGCCUAAUGGUGGCGCUGUGUGCUAAUGGGAGAGAACCUAGCGAGGGCUGGGAUAUGGCGGAAGCCGAGGAGUCAGCUCAGAAAUUAUACGAGGCAGGAGCCGGAUGUCUUGGUACUGAGGAAGCCGAAAUUAACGCUAUUUUAUGUAUAAAGAGUUAUGAUCAACUUAGAGCCAUAUUUUAUAAAUACGAGGAAUUAAAGGGCAACCCUCUGGAAGAUGAUAUUGCCAGUGAAACAAGUGGGACACUGAAAGAUGGAUUUCUUGCCAUAGUUGAAGUAGCUAAGUACAAACCCAGAUUUUUUGCAAGGAGAUUACAUGACGCCAUGGCAGGGCUAGGAACCAGCGAUGAUGACCUCAUCCGAAUCAUCGUCACCAGGAGCGAGGAUGACCUUGAGGAAAUUAAGGAGGAGUAUCAGAAACUCUAUGAGAAACCUCUGGCGGAGGAUGUCGCUGAUGAAUGUUCCGGAGAUUACAAACGCAUGCUUUUAGCUAUCAUCAAGUAACAGAAUGCCAGAAGUUUUUGUCCAUUGACUGCAAUUUAAGCACACUUUUCUGUGAUACACAUGAAUAAAAUGUUUGUUUUGAGACUUUUACAGCGCCUUUCCAUGGCAAAGAUUUCCAUUGUUUAUCAACGCGUUUCAAAAAUGUUUACCAUUUAUCAGUAUAGUGAGUAUUUCUGUUGCCGACUGUCCUCUCCUCUACAAUAAAGCCAGUUUACAGAUUGUGACACGCUUCAAAUGUUAGGUGUUAAAUAAAAUAAUGUUACUUUUU